AUGCUAAAACAGUAUAAAAAGUGGUUCUACCGUGACUGUACAGUCUCCGGCACCGUGGAUUUCAUAUUCGGCGACGCGAUUUGCUUCAUCCAGAACAGUAGAAUCGUCGUCCGAAAACCUAACGUAGGUCAAUCGUGUAUGAUCACCGCUCAGGGGCGCAAAAAUGUCCGUGAGCCGUCGGGAUUCGUACUCCAUAACUGCCAUAUAACGGGAGAUCCGGCGUAUAUUCCGUUUAGAUCGGUGAACAAAGCAUACCUAGGAAGGCCGUGGCAGGAGUUCUCGAGGACGAUCAUCAUGAAGACGAUGAUCGAUGACGUCAUAGAUCCAGCGGGAUGGCUUCCUUGGCAGGGAGAGUUUGCGCUGGAGACGCUAUACUACGCUGAGCAUUUGAAUGUUGGGCUUGGGUCUAGGCAGGCCCAAAGAGUUAAAUGGCCCGGAAUCAAGACACUCUCGCCCCAAGAGGCUCUUCUAUACAUUUGCUGCAGAUUCUUACUUGGUGAUACUUGGAUUCCAAUCACACAUGUUCCCUACACCACCAACAUGUAG